AUGGACGAGCUCAAGCGCCAGUGGGAGCGACUGGGGGUGGAGAUCGACCGCGUCUCCCGGAGCCUGAGGAGGAUCAGCGGCGUGGCGACGCCUGAAGAGGAGGAGACCGGAGCGAAGAGCGAAGUCGAGAGCGAAGACUCAAGUGCAGCUGGAGUCGAGACGGAGGAGGAUAAUGAUGGAUCUGAAGGGGAGACAGAAGGGACUGAGCAUGGAGAAGACGAGAAGAGCAAUAUGCCAAGCGAUCCCGAGAACUAUCGCAUCGUGGGAGCUGACCAGUUUUAG